GUCAAAAAUUGUAAAAGUAAAGUCUUCAUCAGUCCUUCCAGAACGUUGACCCAAAACUUCCUCCCCACUCAAACGUCUCAUCGUCAUUCCUUUCCAGCUUUGUCUCAUUUUCAGACACCAUAAAACCCGACAAAUCCCACAAACCCCUCCACUCUCUGCAACAAACAAACCGCCAUAAACCCACAACUCACUGAACUCAAUUCAUCACCAUGCACAAAAGCACUUCAGGCUCACUAGGCCCCAGCGGCCUUGACCUAACCCAGGCCUUCUUCAAGCCCAUCUCCGGCGCCGCCUCACCCUCCUCCACCAAGCGCCACACCAAGAUCUCCGUCAUCGGCGCCGGCAACGUGGGAAUGGCCAUCGCUCAGACCAUCCUCACCCAGGACCUCGCCGACGAGCUUGUCCUCGUCGACGCCAAGCCCGAGAAGCUCCGCGGUGAGAUGCUCGACCUCCAGCACGCCGCCGCCUUCCUCCCCCGCACCAAGAUCAUCGCCGACGUCGACUACGCCGUCACCCACGGAUCCGACCUCUGCAUCGUCACCGCUGGGGCCCGCCAGAUCCUCGGCGAGUCCAGGCUCAACCUGCUCCACCGGAACGUCGCCCUCUUCCGCAAUGUCAUCCCGCCGCUCGCCAAGUACUCGCCGGACACGAUCCUACUGAUCGUGUCGAAUCCGGUCGACAUCUUGACCUACGUGGCCUGGAAGCUGUCCGGGUUCCCCAGCAGUCGGGUUGUCGGGUCAGGUACCAAUCUGGACUCUUCGCGGUUUCGAUUCCUCAUUGCUGAUCAUCUUGAUGUCAACGCUCAGGAUGUGCAGGCUUACAUUGUUGGGGAGCAUGGUGACAGCUCAGUGGCAUUGUGGUCGAGCAUUAGCGUAGGGGGAGUGCCGGUGUUGAGUUUCUUAGAUAAGCAAGAAAUAGCUUACGAGAAAGAGACGUUAGAGAGCAUCCACAAGGUGGUUAUAGACAGUGCAUAUGAGGUGAUCAGUCUAAAAGGAUAUACUUCUUGGGCAAUUGGAUACUCCGUGGCCGCGCUAGCUUGGAGCAUAUUGAGAGAUCAGAGGAAGAUCCACCCGGUCUCGGUGCUUGCCAAGGGGUUUUACGGGGUCGACGGUGGAGAUGUGUUCUUGAGCUUGCCGGCCCAGCUCGGGAGAGGUGGGGUUUUGGGGGUGACCAAUGUGCACUUGACUGAUGAGGAGACUCAGAGGCUGAGGGACUCGGCUAACACCAUCUUGGAGCAGCAGUCUCAGUUGGGAUUAUGAAUUCGAUCACCAAGAACAUGGUGGGAUUGAUAUCCCAUCAAUCUUAGUUCCCACUUCUCUGCUUCAGUUUGUUCUUUUCGAAGGCAACAAUUGUCCAGUUUUUGGCUUCAACUAACAGAUGGUAUCUUCACGUUGUAAUGCGGUUUUGGCUUCUUACUGUGGCCUUCUGUUUUAUUUCUCAUGUAAUAAAUAUUAAAUCAUGAAGUUGGAUUAUAUGUCUUUUAAGACUAGUUUUAUAUAUGAAUUGAAACUACCUUUGAACAGAACUAA